AUGGCGAAAACCAUCUUCACGACUAUUACGCCCUUGCCAGCAGGCGUCUCGAGGGAGACAGUCCUGGAAACCCUCCAUUCGCACAUCGAGAUGAUCGACCUCAACCCGACGCACACCGAGAGGCAUCGCAUCAAUCCGCCACCAGAGGCCACUCCGGAAGAGUAUCAUUGCACAUGGUAUCAGAUCACCGACAAGAUAUCGUACCUUCCCGGCAUCAAGGGCAGUGUCUCGUUCAAGACAUGCUUCCACGACCUCGCAAACGGAAUGCAGAACCAUGUGUAUGCGCCCAUGGGCUUGGAUAUCAAGGAGAAGUGGACACUUGGUGGAAACCUGCCGGGAGAGCCAGUCCAGCCUGCGGAGAUCGGUAUUGGUGCGCCGAUCCAGGGCCUGUAUUUGAGGGAGGAUAUUGAAAUCAAGUGCAACUUCAUGGUGACUCGGUUCGUGAAGAAGCAGUUGAAGGAUGCGCUGGCGACCUUGGUUGCGAGGUUGGUGGUGAAGACGCAGUUGCAGGAGGCAGGGCACAGAAAUCAGUUGUUGCAACAAGGCUACGAGUACUCUCCACAGUCGCCGCACUUCUCUCUCUCAGCUCCGCUUUCGCCUCCGUUGAGCGCAGGAUUGGAUAUGCAGAAUGCAACUGAAAUCAAAUUCGGAAGGCACAUGACGUGACUAGCCUCUUUCAACGUCAUUUACUCCCCUCCUCCACGUACAUUUAAUAAUCAAGCCAAGAGAAGUAAAAGAAGUGUAGAAAAAUAACCAUAAACCCGG